AUCUGAUUUCUGCAGGUCCAUAUGCAAAACUUCUAAUAGAUGCUAUGAAAAGUUCAGGAUGUGCCGUUUAUAGAGAUCGUCAUUUUUCCUGUGAAGAUUGUGAUGGAACAGUCAGUGGUGGUUUUGAUGCUGAAAUAUCACAGAUUGUUUUAUGCCAGAAUAACAUCCAUCAGCAGCAGCACAUGAAUCGGGUUGUGACCCAUGAAUUAAUACACACGUUUGAUCACUGCCGCGCACAUGUCGAUUGGUUCCAUAAUAUCAAACAUCUGGCUUGCUCGGAGAUCCGAGCUGCUAAUCUCAGUGGUGAAUGUACCUUUGGGAAUGAAUUGCUUCGAUUUAACUUUGGUCUAAAGGAACACCAUCAAAAGUGUGUGCGGGAACGAGCCCUCCGUUCCAUCCUAGCCGUUCGCAAAGUCAGUAAAGAAGCUGCAAAAAAAGCCGUCGAUGAGGUUUUUGAUACGUGUUUUAAUGACCUUGAACCUUUUGGAAGAAUUCCACAUAAUAAAAAAGACGCAAAAUAUGCCUAUAAGGAUUUUCAAAACCGGAGUCGAUAUUACGCAAAUCUUUGAGAAAAUGUUAAACCUUGAGUAAUUGUGAUAAUUAAUUUGUAAUAUUUUUAAUGUGGCAUAGAUGCUAAAAAAAAAACAAUUAUUGGUGUGUUUUACAAAUGAGAGAUUUUCCAUGAAUAACUUUUUUCAGUCAACCAGUUAACAGAAAAGUGUAAAUCCUUUUACAGUUUGUUUUGACCUUGUCAGAUUUUUGUCAAUGUGUUAGUUUUAUUAAUGUAGCUCCAUGUUGCAGUGUUCAUGACGAUCUUGCAUAUAGUUAUUAUAAUUACCAUAUAAAGUAAUCUAAAUUAUACUAGAUAAAUUAGUGUAAUUUAAUUGAAAGUGACUACAGAGGAGUUGCGUUGUUUAAAGUGCCAAUCCAACAAAGGGAUAUUUCUCUAUUCAUGUUAGUAAAAAACUUAAACGGUCAUUAUGUUGCCCUUUUCCAAAGUCAAACCAUAAUGUUUAGACAGCUCAAGGAAUAAUAAGAUGGGUGAUAUUGAGCUAGAUACAAGGAAAGUCCUUGUGAUAUUACCCUGGGCUGGCUGCGUUAUCUAGAUUAAUUUGAAGGUGCAGUGGGCUUGCAAUGAGUCCAAAUUUGGCUAGGGGUUUUAGUCCAACUUGCUUCUAUACUUCGGUGUGUACUGAGGCGAAAAAGAAAUCUUCCUUGGAUUUGAUACUGCGCAAAGUGAAAUUGCCAGUCAAUAGUGUGUCCAAGAAUGACUGCUCCUCAAGAUACCAGCGGAUUGUUGGUAAAACAUGAAGAAUGCUCCAGGAUAACAGAUACCUUUUUGGAGAGAGGACUAAACCAAGAAAGAACAAUCUAAAACCAGUGGAACAACUUGCAUUCAUUUAUAUUUUUAUUAAAAAAGUGAAUAAAUAUUUAUAGGCCUUUUGGAUAGGUACAGCUGCUUUCCCUAGUAGUGAUACAGUUAUUUGCCAGUUUGAGUUUUUUUUGUCUAUAUCUUAAGUUAAAUUUUGACAUUCUGCUAUGUAAUGCAGGGCCAGAAAACAGUAAAUAAUUUAACUGUGCACAUGGCAGAACAAUGCAAAUUAUGUAUCUGUGUAUGUGAACAAGCACAUUACCAAGUACUGCUGUAUGAGACAUUGCAAGUAUGGGUAAUGUUAUUUAUAACUGAGCAAAUGUACAAUUCUAAGAAAUCCAACAAUAUUAAAAUGAAUUUCCCAAUCAGCAAGCAUUGUUUAUCAUGACAAGCAAUUAUGCUACCUCUAUACAUCCCAUUCAUUGUAAUUUGUAGCUACCUGACAUGCUAGACAAGCCAAAAGUGUAAUUUUGUAUAUAUUUAAAGAAAUACCAGUUAUGAAGCUGCAUGCAUAACAUGGUGGUAGAGUAGGUGUACUGAACCUGGGGCUCGUUUGAUCCUGUCGGCUUUCUUUGUCUUAUUUUUUCCUUCCUUUUUCUUUCAUCCUUUAUUUCUUUUUGUUUUUUCUUCAUUUUCUUUUUGAUUAAGUCUGGAGAGUGGCAGGUGAAGAAGGAGAUUUGCAGCAGCAGCAACACCAGGAUGACCCAGACAAAGCUCCACCCCAGCCUGGGGUUUCCCAUCGAGCAAGGAGCAGGUCGCAGACUGACUUUCCCCCAGCCUAGGCUCGCUGGCUAGGCCGAGGCUCCAGGUCAGCAGCUAGGCCCAGGUACCUAGCAGAGGAGAAGUGGUAGUCUCCUGGCGUGGCCGGCAUCCCCGUUCGGAGGACUUUGGCUUCCAGGUAUUUCAGUGGCCUGGAGUGGUGGCCUUGGCUAGCUUGGUUGUCUUUGGUGGAGUCUUCUAACUAGUAUUCCAGUGGCCCAGCAUGGCGGUCUUACCCCGGCUGCUUCUUCAGGAUGGUCCAUCGUUCCUUGAUCAGCUUUCCCUAAGCACAGCAGCUGCUAACUGAACUGUGAUGAACUUUGUCUUUAUUUUACAUUUCUUAUUAUUAUAUAUGACUUCUGUUGUUGAUGUAGUCUUUGUGUUGCGUGACUCUUAAAAUUUUUCAUGUACACAUGACAGUAGUUGGACAAUCUGGUAAAUUCACUUUACUUUUGGAUGGAAGAUGCAUUUUUAAAAAUAUGUAAACAUGACUACCGCUUAUAUCCAA